AACAUAUCUCCACAAACAAACAGUCAUGUCAACAUCUUCUCAAUCGUACCCGAUGAGCGGCGGUGACGAUCAGCACAGUUACAUCCAUAAUUCUUCAUACCAAAAAGCCGUUAUAGAUGGGGUUGAAGAAAAGGCAAGGCAAUACAUUUUAGAAAAAAUUGAUCUCCUGAAUCUAAAUCCCGAUCUUAGUACUUUUACGAUUGCAGAUUUUGGUUGUUCUAUUGGCCCUAACACGUUUCAUGCUGUUCAAAAUAUCAUUGAUAUUGUGAAACUUAAACACCUGAAAGAAAGCCAAGGAAUUAGUACUCAUGUGCCUCUCGAGUUCCAAGUUUGCUUCAACGAUCUACCCAACAAUGACUUCAACACACUCUUUAGAACUCUACCUCCUUCAUUUGAGCAAAAAUAUUUCUCGGUCGGGGUUCCCGGCUCUUUCUAUGGCCAAGUGUUACCAAGAAAUAGCAUCCACAUCGGGCAUACUUCAUACACGACUCACUGGCUUUCCAAAGUUCCCGAAAACGUAUGUGACAAGAAAUCUCCAGCUUGGAACAAAAAUUACAUUCAUUGUAAUAAUUUGUUAGAGGAAGUUACGGAGGCUUACAAGGUCCAGUUCACAAAAGACAUGAGCGUAUUUCUAAAAGCUAGAGCUGAAGAACUUGUGCCUGGAGGAUUGAUGAUCGCGUUAGGAGAAUGUUUUCCCGAUGAUGUGGCCAUGUAUGAGACAUGGUCGGGUAUUGUGCUAGACACCAUCGGUGAUUGUCUCCUGGAUAUGGCUACAUCGGGAGUACUGACCCACGAACAGAUCGAGUUGUUUAGCAUGCCCGUGUAUUUUCCUCAAUAUAGUGAACUUGAAAGAGCGAUUGAGCAAAAUGGAAGCUUUACGAUUGAAAUGAUGGAGACUACAAGACAUCCAUUGGAGGCUAAGCAACUAACCAAUGACUUCGUCACUUCCAUGUUUCGAGCCUUUCUCUCAACAAUGAUAGAAAAACAUUUUGGAUAUACUGUGGUCGAUCAACUAUUUAAUCAACUUGCUAAGAAACUUUCAAAACACCCAUUAGAUUUUGAAAAGUGUAAGAAAAAUAUGGUCUAUUAUAUCGUUCUUAAACGAAAUGAACAUUGAGAUUAUCAUAUACCUUGUUAUCUUUCUUCUUUUAAAACUAAAUAUAUGUCUAUUGUAAUA